GGGAGGGGAUGUCUGAAGCACAAUCAACUCUUGUUCAAUAAACCCGACUGUACAUAUUCAAUAGAAGCAGGGCAGAGAGUGAUGUUAGGAGUGUUAUUGAGGGUGUUUAGCCCCAGGUGGGGAAAUUCAAGAAUUUCACCAGGAAAGUCCGAAACAUCUUGACAGAGCAAUGAUUGUUAACCGUGUGGGAUUUGGUGGGUGUGGAAUUUCAGCAGCACAUUCUGAGCAUUUAUACGCAGCCAGCCAGUCAGAUCUAUGCAGAUAUCGAGGAGACACCAUGGGCUUGGCCAGGGUGCUUUCAGCCUGUCUACUUCUCUCUACAAUAUCAGACGCAGCAGAGCUGACCUGCGAGGGGCGAAGUCGGCGGGAUCCGCUCACCGUCCGGGGGAGACUUGGAGACGGGGUCCUCCUGCCGUGCGCCUUCGCCUGGAGGGGCCGAAGCCCCGGGAGGCACAUGGUGGUGUGGCAGCUGGACAGCGGUGGGGUCAGGGGUCAGGGUGAGCGGCUGGUGUACGGCUGGGACAGCGAGGGGCCGGGGGACACUGAGGAGCGCGGCGACCGUUUCACCCACCGCACCAGCAUGAGGCGCCGCUGGUUCACCACCGGAGACGCCGGCCUGUCCAUCGGCGGACUCUCCCAGGGGGACGAGGGCACCUACAGAUGCUGGGUCACCACCCUCCGGCCUCACCGCAGGAAGCUCUGCUCCGAGGUGACCCUCACCGUCCAACCAGCCCUUGCCCCUGGAGGUGACUGGCAUUUCGUUCCAGCUGGACUGGUUGAUCCAGGGACCCAGCUAAUGUCCCAGGUUCGAAUCUCGCCACAGCCGAGUUUGAAUUCCAUUGGAAACAGAAAUCUGCAGUUACGCGUCAAAACGCUGAUCACGAAUCCAUCAUUGAUUAUUGGUUGGGGGGAGACCCGUCCAGUUCAACCAUGUCAUUCAGGCCUACACGUGACUCCAGACCCAUUAUGUGGGCCCUUAAUUGCCCUCCAGGGCAGUUAG